AGUAACUGCGUAUGAACGACGAACGUAAACAAGAAUAUAAGUUACGGAUGCAAAACAUUGACAAAAUUUAAGUGUUUCCGUUAUUCUUUGAAAAUGCUUUCCUGAAUAAACUUACAAGUAUGGAAAUUUACGUAGCAAUUUCCGAUUUCACGCCGCCAAUAGCGGACGGUUCACAAAACAUCCUUGAGUUUAAAAAAGGUGACACUUUCGAAAUAUUUGACUGUCACAAAACUGACGCAGACUGGUGGGGUGCCCGAGCAUUAAAAACUAAUACUGUUGGAUAUGUACCUUCCAGAUACAUGCAGUAUGAAGAAAGAAGAAUAGGUAAACUAUUACCAUCAGGCUAUAAGGAUCAGAAACAAACAUCACUGAAAAGGUUGUCGGAUAUACAAAACAGUCCAGACCACAGAGCUCCAGAACAAGUUAUGCCUGAAACACCUGUACCAGAUUACGGAGAUGCGGCGACUCAGGAAAACCAGAAUGUUUUUAAAUUUGCCCAAAAAUUUCAAACUGUUUUAACAAACAUCCAGAAAAUAGAGGACAUGUAUAAUGACAGCAUGGAGCCAGAACCAGACUACAACGAUGAAUUGGAUACAGUUGUCUUAGAAACGGAGAAUGGCAAAAAGGAACGUCCACCAUCUCAGUCCUCAGAUGACGGUCUUAUACCGGCAAAGAAAUUACAAAAUCCGUGUAUUGAGUCGCCGACACGACAGGCAUUACAUAAAGAGUUGUUACUCAACUACAAAAGAGGAGUAAAUGUACUGGAGAAGCCAGAGUUAAACAAAGUAUUACAGAAUCGUCGAGAGACUCAGAAACGUAAAGAAUGGCAGGAGCAAGCGUCUAGCAAACGGACAAGUCUUGAGAUGAAGUUAGAACAGAGAGCUACGAGAUUAAAGGAGGAUGAAAUGAAAACAAUAUCGGAGAAAGAUGAAUCAGAAAAACCUGAACUACAUAAGGUCUUCGCAAAAUUUGCUCAGAAGUCAAAUGGACAAGUAAAGUGAACGUAUCUUCAACAGACAAUCUUCCUCCCCCAAUCCUAGUGCUUUCAGUCAUUUUUCAGUCAUUGUUGUUCAUUUGUUGCUCUUAGGUGUCAAUAGUUUAUUGCACAGUCUUGACCAACUUUGAAUUUGAAAUUUUGAUUGUGCUUGAUACAUUUUGAAAAUGUCAAGAAUUAUGAGACCAACAUUAAGAAAAUUGUAAGCUGUUUAUUGUCAGUUGAUGAAGAUGGUGCAGAUAACUUCAUUAUUUCAUUCUAUUGUUCAUUUUGGUUAUAUUUAGAUAGAGUAUAUAGGUAGUUAUGUAAAGUAAAUAUCACGAAAAAAUGUAUAUAUAUACAGUUACAAGAUAUUGUCGUAUCAUUUUGUUUGAGCAAGUUACUAAAAUACACGGUAGAUUUUAGGGGAUAAUACUAUAAUUAAAGGGAUAUAGGGUGUGUUGGCUUUAUUCCUUUGACAAUUCCACGUUCUAUGGACAUGUUCUAGGUAAAUGGAAUAACUUAGAAUAGUAUUCUGAAAAAUUUGGAACAUAUGUGUACUGUUCUAAAUAAAAGCUUUAGGGCAGAAAGGUGACAUGAAAGAUCAGAGUAGAUGUCAAACAAAGUCAAGCAAUUGUUCCAGUCCACUAUGAAUGGUCAUGAUAAAACUGGAAACCAGUUUGGAACAUGUUUUCUGUUCGUUGAUACCAGUUUCAGAUCAGCAUUCUUGAAGAGUUCUAGCGCCCAAAGAAUCAAGCCUAAAGUCACAAUCUACCUUGUAUCAAAUUUAAUGUGUACCAAAUAGUUACUACGAAACAAAAAACAUUCAAUAUUAUUUGAAUUAAAAAGCUGUAUACAUACAAAUAAUACUCGGAACAUUAAGGAAUGAAUGUUUCCUUUCAUGACAUACAGUUAAACGAGAAAAAAUGUUUACCUAGCCUUUACAGUGCAUAAUUGAAAAUAAAAUUGCUCAAUCAAAAUGUCAGUUAUGGUUUUUCAAGUUUGCCAGACUUUUUUAUGGCAAGUAUACAAAGACAUAAAAGAUUCUAAUUUCACUUCUCAAGUCAUGUUUUUCAUUAAAAUUAUUAAUUUUUGUGCAUAAAUUUUCUUUCAAUCAAAAUUUCAUUCUGAACUGCUUUUUCUCUCUCAAAAGUCAAGUUAGCAGUAUCACAAGUUGAAAAAUUUAUCCAUUACCAUAGAAAUACUGUUUAUCAAAAAAUUCUAUUUCAGUAACCAUAGUUAAGUGCAUUUUUAUUACAAUGGGAACUGUUUAAUCAGGAUAAUGGUCACAGUUUGAUUUUGUGUAUCUUCGUAUAUAGUAAAUACUUUUACAUUUACGGAAAGUAAACAAAUGUAAUAUUCCAACUUAUUAAUAAUAAAUUCAUAUUGUAAUUUUACCUAACUCUCAGAGUAAAUGUUUAGAUAGUAUCUCAGCAGAGCUGGGUAUUUUCAUCCACACCUAUUACCAGUAAAGGAAUCAUAAUCACAAAAAUUGUUUUCAAUCACAUGAAACUAAUUUUUUUAAUUCAUUUUAUUUAACCCUUACCCUGCUAUAUUUCUAUAAUGAACUUGUCCAUCUUUCAAUUUGGACAGUACCAUUAACUGUUAAAAGGGGUCCUUACCAUAAAGAUACUGAAUGGCGAACAGUGCAGAUCAUGUACAGGCUGAUCAUGAUCUACACUGGUCGCAAAGGCAGAAUCAAUCGUGUCCAGCAUGAUAAAGGUUAAGGGUCUGCCCAUUCAUGACCUGGAGAAACAAAUGCUUUAGUUAGAAGUGUAUUAAAAACAGUACGGUAAACAAUGUUUAUACUGUUAUCAGACACUUCUGAAGUAUUCAGGGUAGUUGCAUUCUUUGUUUUCAUCUGUAUAUAAGACCAUCAUUAACUAUAAUGGGUGUAUAAGGUCAUAGAGUAGGUAGAGUUUGCAACAAAUUUCAGGCGCCAAGGAGUCAAACACAUGAUUGUCCAGUGAUACUAGAACAUAAUAUUUUGGGUAUAAAUGAAUGUCUGUUAUAGAUAUAUAAUGCCCAAACAUAUUUGAAAAUGUGGCAAAUAAUUGCAAAAUGUCUGUUUUAACUUGGAAUGAAAAUGUUUAUGUGUAAAAAGAGUACUGUAUAUUAGGUUUAAAAAAUACUACACUCUUAUAUGUGUAUAAGUUUACACAGUAUAAAUAUGUCAUGCCACAAAAAAAGAGAUUUUUUUUUUAAAUCUGAUAUGUAAUUGUGUGUUUAUGUAUUUAGCCUAGUUAAAUAUAUUUGAUGAAGAUAUUAGAAAUUUAAAUCGAAAUCAUUUGAUAUAUAUAUUUUUUUUAAUGGGCAUAGUACAUCUUUAACAGAAUGAUGUUCUGACUCAAGACUGCUUUUUCUCAAUUUGUUUACAUGUUCGUGUAACUUGACUUGAGGCAUUUGUUGCAGAGAUCAUCAUGUUGUUUGACUCUGAGGCACUUUAGGGCCAGUUGAGGUGUGAGAGCAGCAUUAUAUGAAAGUAAUUCCAGAAAAAAAUGAUUAUUUUGAAUGUGUUUCAUAGUUAAGUAUUAUGACUAUUGCAGGGAGUGUAGUAUAUUUGUUUGUUACCUAUGAGUUGCCUAAAUUUCACCUAGGCAGACUUUUGGCAGGUUAUAAGUUAGUGUAUUGUAUCUUAGUGUUUGUGGAUGUUUCUGUCUGAUUCACCUUAACUGUAUUUGAUUUCCUACCCUCUCUCCCUCCCGCUCCAUCCCCAACCCCACCCACAACCGCCAUCAGCUAUAUUUACCUUUGCCGAGGUUGAAUUCUAUACAAUAAAGGGAAGCCACCCUGCUGGCUUGCAAAAAAUGGAUGGUGUUACCCUGGUGAAAAAAAAAAUGUGGUAAGGGGAUGGUGGGGCAUCAUGGUUUUAUGACUUUUUUAAUAACCUAAAACACACAAAGAAAAACCAUUAGGAAUUUUAAAGUUGGCCAGCAUUAUUCAUUUGAUAUAUGUUAUAUAGGUCUUUAAUACAAUAAAGAAAUGUAGGUUGUGUAGAAUUAACUGUUUACAUUGCUGAAUUCAUAUUUUAUUCUAUCCAGAUUAUAAUAGGAUGAAAGUUUAUGCACUUGUGUAUCAUUUGCCUUUGUUAAAUGGCAGGAUGCUAGUGUAUGUAAAUUUUUCAUUACAGUAAGUUUAAAAUAGAAGACCAUUAUAUGUUCUAAUUUCCAGUUAUGAGUGAGUUACACGGAGAGAGACUUGUGUAUAUGCUAAGACAGUGUUUCUGUCAUUAUUGUAAAUAGUCUGGAACAUUGUAAGGACAGAAUUUGAUUAUUUAGUAUAGAGUAUUCUAAAGAAAACUUAAGAAAAGUAAAGAAACUAUUGAAACAUUUUAUUAAUGAAAUUGAAAAAUUGUAUAUUAUAUUCAUAGAGGAUACUACAUGAGUGUCUUUUCAUAUUGAAUUUAUUAAACAAGUUUAAUAAAAUGUGAGGCUGUGCUGAGCAUUUUAUCAAUAUUAUUCAGUGAGUUUAAUAAAUUCAGUGUGGAAAAUCACAAAUGUAAUAUUCUUUUUAUCACAUGUUAGCUUUUCCUGUCAAAACAUAAAAAAAUUCUACUUUCUUUAACUAUUAUAAACAAGUCACUUUGACCAACUCUCCUAUAUUGUAAACGACGUUGACGUCAAAGCUUUAUUUCACUAGUGUAUUAUCAUUUUCAUGUAAUGGCUUUAUUACAUUCCCUGCAACAUCAAACAUGUGGUAAUAGUUACUGAUAAAAUUAAUGUAUCAGUUUAACGAAAACUAUAUUGAUGAAAUUUGUAGUAAAAGUAAUGUUCCAGCAGACCAGUCAAAGUUUAUAAUAAAUAUAUGGUAAUGUUUCUUGUACCUCAAAAUAGCACUUUGGUAAUUAACUUCCUUGAGGUAAAGUUUUAAGUUGGCAUUUUAUAAUAGCUCACUAAAAAGCUUUUUCCUCACAUAUUACUGUUCUGAAUAACUAACUUUUACUCUGUUGUUUUCUUUCAAAUACUCAGAUUUUGGAAAUUGUUUUGGUAAUUCCAGAUUUUUGAUUUUGGUUUUUUAUCAAUAUUGAUAACCAGUAAGUUUGAAAUCCUUUUUUGCCCUGAAGAGCAGAGAUUUAUGUAAUAAAUGGCUUUGCCUGAUUUUUAUGUGUUAUAAAAAUGUUUUGAUAUACUUUCCAUAAUAUGUCUAAUAUGAUUUUUGGUUAUUUU